AUGUCGCUGUUGGGGGACCCGCUACAGGCCCUGCCGCCCUCGGCCGCCCCCACGGGGCCGCUGCUCGCCCCUCCGGCCGGCGCGACCCUCAACCGCCUGCGGGAGCCGCUGCUGCGGAGGCUCAGCGAGCGCCUGGAUCAGGCGCCCGAGGGCCGGGGCUGGAGGAGACUGGCGGAGCUGGCGGGGAGUCGCGGGCGCCUCCGCCUCAGUUGCCUAGACCUGGAGCAGUGUUCUCUUAAGGUACUGGAGCCUGAAGGAAGCCCGAGCCUGUGUCUGCUGAAGUUAAUGGGUGAAAAAGGUUGCACAGUCACAGAAUUGAGUGAUUUCCUGCAGGCUAUGGAACACACUGAAGUUCUUCAGCUUCUCAGCCCCCCAGGAAUAAAGAUUACUAUAAACCCAGAGUCAAAGGCAGUCUUGGCUGGACAGUUUGUGAAACUGUGUUGCCGGGCAACUGGACAUCCUUUUGUUCAAUAUCAGUGGUUCAAAAUGAAUAAAGAGAUUCCAAAUGGAAAUACAUCAGAGCUUAUUUUUAAUGCAGUGCAUGUAAAAGAUGCAGGCUUUUAUGUCUGUCGAGUUAAUAACAAUUUCACCUUUGAAUUCAGCCAGUGGUCACAGCUGGAUGUUUGCGACGUCCCAGAGAGCUUCCAGAGAAGUGUUGAUGGCGUCUCUGAAUCCAAGUUGCAAAUCUGUGUUGAACCAACUUCCCAAAAGCUGAUGCCAGGCAGCACAUUGGUUUUACAGUGUGUUGCUGUUGGAAGCCCUAUUCCUCACUACCAGUGGUUCAAAAAUGAAUUACCAUUAACACAUGAGACCAAAAAGCUAUACAUGGUGCCUUAUGUGGAUUUGGAACACCAAGGAACCUACUGGUGUCAUGUAUAUAAUGAUCGAGACAGUCAAGAUAGCAAGAAGGUAGAAAUCAUCAUAGGAAGAACAGAUGAGGCAGUGGAGUGCACUGAAGAUGAAUUAAAUAAUCUUGGUCAUCCUGAUAAUAAAGAGCAAACAACUGACCAGCCUUUGGCGAAGGACAAGGUUGCCCUUUUGAUAGGAAAUAUGAAUUACCGGGAGCACCCCAAGCUCAAAGCUCCUUUGGUGGAUGUGUACGAAUUGACUAACUUACUGAGACAGCUGGACUUCAAAGUGGUUUCACUGUUGGAUCUUACUGAAUAUGAGAUGCGUAAUGCUGUGGAUGAGUUUUUACUCCUUUUAGACAAGGGAGUAUAUGGGUUAUUAUAUUAUGCAGGACAUGGUUAUGAAAAUUUUGGGAACAGCUUCAUGGUCCCCGUUGAUGCUCCAAAUCCAUAUAGGUCUGAAAAUUGUCUGUGUGUACAAAAUAUACUGAAAUUGAUGCAAGAAAAAGAAACUGGACUUAAUGUGUUCUUAUUGGAUAUGUGUAGGAAAAGAAAUGACUACGAUGAUACCAUUCCAAUCUUGGAUGCACUAAAAGUCACCGCCAAUAUUGUGUUUGGAUAUGCCACGUGUCAAGGAGCAGAAGCUUUUGAAAUCCAGCAUUCUGGAUUGGCAAAUGGAAUCUUUAUGAAAUUUUUAAAAGACAGAUUAUUAGAAGAUAAGAAAAUCACUGUGUUACUGGAUGAAGUUGCAGAAGAUAUGGGUAAGUGUCACCUUACCAAAGGCAAACAGGCUCUAGAGAUUCGAAGUAGUUUAUCUGAGAAGAGAGCACUUACUGAUCCAAUACAGGGAACAGAAUAUUCUGCUGAAUCUCUUGUGCGGAAUCUACAGUGGGCCAAGGCUCAUGAACUUCCAGAAAGUAUGUGUCUUAAGUUUGACUGUGGUGUUCAGAUUCAAUUAGGAUUUGCAGCUGAGUUUUCCAAUGUCAUGAUCAUCUAUACAAGUAUAGUUUACAAACCACCGGAGAUAAUAAUGUGUGAUGCCUAUGUUACCGAUUUUCCACUUGAUCUAGAUAUUGAUCCAAAAGAUGCAAAUAAAGGCACACCUGAAGAAACUGGCAGCUACUUGGUAUCAAAGGAUCUUCCCAAGCAUUGCCUCUAUACCAGACUCAGUUCACUGCAAAAAUUAAAGGAACAUCUAGUCUUCACAGUAUGUUUAUCAUAUCAGUACUCAGGAUUGGAAGAUACUGUAGAGGACAAGCAGGAAGUGAAUGUUGGGAAACCUCUCAUUGCUAAAUUAGACAUGCAUCGAGGUUUGGGAAGGAAGACUUGCUUUCAAACUUGUCUUAUGUCUAAUGGUCCUUACCAGAGUUCUGCAGCCACCUCAGGAGGAGCAGGGCAUUAUCACUCAUUGCAAGACCCAUUCCAUGGUGUUUACCAUUCACAUCCUGGUAAUCCAAGUAAUGUUACACCAGCAGAUAGCUGUCAUUGCAGCCGGACUCCAGAUGCAUUUAUUUCAAGUUUCGCUCACCAUUCUUCAUGUCAUUUUAGUAGAAGUAAUGUGCCAGUAGAGACAACUGAUGAAAUACCAUUUAGUUUCUCUGACAGGCUCAGAAUUUCUGAAAAAUGACCUCCUUGUUUUUGAAAGUUAGCAUAAUUUUAGAUGCCUGUGAAAUAGUACUGCACUUACAUAAAGUGAGACAUUGUGAAAAGGCAAAUUUGUAUAUGUAGAGAAAGAAUAGUAGUAACUGUUUCAUAGCAAACUUCAGGACUUUGAGAUGUUGAAAUUACAUUAUUUAAUCACAGACUUCCUCUUUCUAAGAUUUUGUGAAUUGGUUGAAUAGUUCUAUACAAAUGAAGUAUGGAGGUGUGUAUGUUUAUAUGUAUAUAACAAAAUAUUUUCAUUGUGACCACUCUGAAGUAAGAGCAAUGGGAAUGGCAUUAUUGUAGAAUAAGUCAUUGUAUUUUUAACACCAGAAAGAACCUUGCCGAUCACCAGGCAUAACCUAAUUUUAUCCAUGGAAGAAACACAGAAAGGCAUCUAAGUUAGAGCUGGCACCAGAACUGAGACCUCCAGAAAUCUAUUCCAGUAUUUUUUCCACUACACAACUGCCUUCCUGACAGGUUCUGAGAUAAGUGUUAUGUUUGUAGAUAGAGCGAAAUAUAUUUAUAUAUAUAUAAAUAUAUACAGAUACAUAUCUGUGUAUUAUCUCAAGGAAUGUACAAACUUUAGUUUUUGAUUAUAAGGACUUCACUGCAAGUUUUAGUUAAGAGGUUUGUAUAUAAAUCUGUUGUAGAACAGGCUGAAAUUUCUUGUUCAUAAGAUUAUGAAACCGCAUGAGAAGUGAUAAAAUGUUUGUUAAAGCUAGAUAAAGGUUAAGAAUCAAGAUAUAAUGGAUAAUUUUCAUAGCUGCCUAUCAGAAUUUCCCAAAUAUUUAGCAUCUUCCUUGAUAAUAUGUAUUUUCUUCUUGAAUUUCACUGGCCUAAUGAGAUAAUACUCUUAUCUUUGGUUCUACCUAAAAGUUGGUUAAAGUUGGUUAAAAAUGCAAUUGGCAUUAACAAGGAAAAAUACUGAAUUAGUAAUUUUAAAAGUCUCACAAAGAAAAUCCCAGGCCUAGAUGGCUGCAUUGUUGAAUUCUGCCAAACAUUAAAAUUAGCACUAAUUUUUUGCACACUGUUUCUAAAAGUAGGAGAGGAAAGAACACUUCCCAACUUACUUUAGGUCAGUAUUACCCUUAUACUAGACUAGACAUCACAAGAAAACUAUAAGCCAAUAUUCCUUAUUAAUACAAACACAAAAAUCAUUAACAAAAAUAUUAGCAAACUGAAUCCAGCAACCUAUAAAAAGGAUUCUAUAUCAUGACCAAGUGGAAUUUAUCCCAGGAAUUCAAGGUUGGUUCAACAUCUAAAAAUCAAAUAAGCUAAUAUACAGUCAGUUCUCAUUAUUCACAGUAAUUAUGUUCUACAGAAUAUUCUCCCACAAACACUGAAUUAAAUAUGGAACAACUGCUUUUAGGAGAAAGUGUAUUUGUGUAUAUGUGUGUAUACAUAUGUUUAUCUCACGCACAUUAUGAGCUUGAAUUCUUAAUUCAUCCUAGCAAAUUCUACCUUAUUUUACAGAAGUGAAAGUGAGGUAUCAGAAGUGUUAAGUGACAUGCCUGAGGCACCCCACUAACAGGUGUCAGAGCUGAAAUUCAAACCCCAUCCAGCUGGCCCCAGAGCCAGAGCUUCUUGUACUACACUGAAUUGCCCCUGCCAUUUCCACCCUCCAGUCAUUUCUCUAUGAGACUGAAGCAGAAAGGCAGAGCAUCAUCUUGUUCAGCCUCAGCUGGGAACAUGUGUAUUGGGUGACUCAAAUUUUUCACCCAUUUACACAUAUCCACAAAUGACUGCAAAAGUGCCAUGGAUAUCAAUUUGAGGGUUAUAAAUUUUAGCAAGUUGGUAAAUUCACAAAUACAUAACCUUGAAUAAUGAGGAUCAACUGUACCGUAUUUAAUAAAGCACAAAACCCACACAGAUUGUCUUAUUACAGCAUUUGAUAAAAUCCAAAACUCUUUCAUAAAAACACUCAACAAACUUAGGAAUAAAAGGAAUCUUCCUAGAUAUGAUAAAUAUAACAUCUAUGAAAAGCCCACACCUAACAUUAUACUUCAUGGUGAUAGACUGAAGGCUGAAUGUUUUCCCCUUAAGAUUGGGAAGAAGGACAAGGAUGUUCACUCGGCACUACUUCUAUUCAGCAUUGUACUUGAAGUUCUAGCCACAGCAGUUAGGUUAGGAAUUCAAGGUUUGUUCAACAUCUAAAAAUCAAAUAAGCUAAUAAAGAAAAGAGGUUUAUACUGCAAAAGAAGUGAAACUAUAUGUAUUCACAGUUGAUAUAUAGUUGUAUAUAGAAAAUGCUAAAGAAUCCAUAAAAAGUAAUAAAUGAGUUCAAUAGGUUGCAGGAUACAAGAUCAGUUUUAUUUCUCUACUAACAGCAAACAUUCUGAAAAUGAGAAUAAAGAAAUCCUAUAUACAGUAGCAUCAAGAGUAAAACUCCAACACGUUGUUUAAAGAAAUUAAGAUCCAGAUAAAUGGAAAGACAUCCAUGUUCAUGGAUUGGAAGACUGAAUAUUGGUAAGAUGGCAAUGCUGCCCAAAUUAGUCUACAUAUUCAACAAUUCCUAUCAAAAUCCUAGCUGUAUUUUUUGCAGAAAUUGACAAACUGGUAAAAUUGGUAGGGAAACGCAGGGGACCCAGAAUAGCCAAAAAACCUGGGAAAAGAACAAAGUUGGAAGACGUACCAAUUUCAAAAAGUGCUACCAAGCUACAAUAAGACAGUGUAGGCAUAUGGAUAGACAUAUCGAUCAGAGGAAUGGAACUAACAUCCAGAAAUAAACCCAUACAUUUCUGAUCAACUUGUUUUCAACAAGGAUGCCAAUACCAUCAAUAGAGAAGGAGUGGUCUUUUCAACAAACGGUGCUGGGACAACUAACUGGUAGCUACGUGCACAGCAAAAGGAUCCCUACCUUCCUACCACAUUACAAAUUCUAACUCAAAAUGGAUCAUAGACCUCAAUAAACUCUUAGAAGAAAACAAGUAAAUCUUUGUGAUGUUGGGCUUAGGAAUGGUUUCUUAGACACAAUACCAAAAGCACAAGCAACAAAGGAAAACAGUAGAUAAAUGGGACUUCAUCAAAAUUAACUUUAGCGCCUUAAAGGACACCAUUAAGAAAGUGAAGUUAACCCUCAGAAUGGGAGAAAAAUUUUUGAAAAAUCAUGUAUCUGAUAAAAACAAACAAACAAACAUGCAGGUGCUCAGCUGUGGUUACCACCGAGCAGCACUGUCCAGUGAACUUGCUGUGAUGAUGGGAUGCUUGGUAUCCGCACUCCCAGUGUGAUAGCCUUUAGCCUCAUGGGGUUGUUGAGCAAUUGAAAUAACAGCUAGUGUGAGGAACUGAACAUAAAAUUUUAGUUUUAGGACGGGUGUGGUGGCUCAUGCCUAUAAUCUCAGCACUUUGGGAAGCCAGUGCAGGCGGAUCACUUGAGCCCAGGAGUUCAAGACCAGCUUGACUAAGAUGGCAAAACCCUGUCUCUACUAAAAAUACAAAAAAAUUAGCUGGGCAUGGUGGCACACACCUGUAAUCCCAGCUACUAGGGAGGCUGAGGCAGGAGAAUCGCGCUUCCCCUUUAUACUCUUCUGUAUAUUUAAUUUUUUUUUUUUUAAGACAGAGUCCUGGCUCUGUUGCCCAGGCUGGAGUGCAGCGACAUAGUCUCAGCUCACUGCAGCAUCCGUGGAGGCUGAAACAGGAGAAUCGCAUGAAUUUUUUUAAAAAAUCUAAAUAUGUAAUUUUAAAACUGGCUUAAGAAGAAUGAUAACAGUUUUGGUCUUUUUUAUCAACCAUGUUUUUAUUUUACUUGAAUCUCGUGCCAAUUGCUUUGUAAUAUUAAAGUAGGAUUUACACAAGUGGAAUUUAGAAAAGAUAAUCUGUCAAAUCUGUCAAUACCAAUUAGAAUGUAAUAAAGAAAUUAGGAUAGUGGAGGUUUGAGCAAGUAAAGGCUCACCCAAAUUCAAAGCCAAUACUUGAUGCUGAGAGGGAAUAUUUUCUGGAAGGUAAUUUUUAAAAAUUAAAGUCACAAUUAUAAAUUGUAUAAUUCCUAAUAAAAGAAAUCUCAACUCAUGGGACAAUUUGAAUAUAAAA